UGUCAUCGCAUUUAAUGCAUUUCUUCGUGCAAUAUUAUUUCAAUUUUGUUUUUUAAAUAAUGGAUAAACAAUCAAGUUCAGCAAGCGAUUUGUCAUUGGAUAGCUUAGAUACCGAAUUCAGGAAGAAAUCUAUCCGUAAAACAACACCAUCGGAUGAAAAUGUCGACACAAUUUUGGUUCCCUUUUAUGAAAACGAUGUCCUCAUAAAAGUUCCCAAAGAUCAGAAAAGAAAACAUAAACAGGAGAGUAACAGUAAGUUGAAGAAAGAGUUCCAAUGUACAAAUAGCUACCUAAUUAAAAAAGAUGUAAAGAAGUCCAAACGGACGACGUAUUUAGAAAUGUUUCGUAAACAGUUUGCUCCAGCUAAGGUGGAUAAGAAACAGGAAGAAAAAGAGAUUCGUUCAAUAUCUCCGGAGUAUGGUGACACUGAAAGGGAGAGCAUUGGUGAUGAUGACAACAAUCAAGCUUCAGAGUUUUAUAACACCGAGUCCUACAAUGAAAUUUACUAUGACAAACUCUUGAAUCAAGAAUUGGAAGGUUAUUUAGAAAACUCCUUUGAUGAGGGGUUGCGUUUUGAGGAAAAGGCUUUGCGAAGUGAUUCGCCAGACGGUUCUGCUGAUAACAACCUUAAAAGUGUUUCUGAAGUGUCCCAACCUCGCCGUCACACGAGGAGAGCUACAGUUCAACCUAUACAGAACGUCAAAUUAGGUGGUCUUGGUCCAGACAUGGAGAAAAUUAAACCAAGACUGGAAAGAGCAAGGAGCUUGCAAAGAUAUUCUGAAAAGGUAAGAAUGGAAAAUAGGCUCAGAAUUUAUAAGAAAUCGGUUCAAGCUGACAUAGAAAUGAAGGCAGAAAGAGAAAAUUCUGCCAGACGUAGAGAUUCUGCCAGAGAAAUUAAAAGAGUCGACCAAAGUGCCUCUUAUCUGGUUAACAAGUCAGUAGAUGAAAAAGCGGUUAACAAAUUGUACUCAAAAUCAAAAUCGGCUGGUGGUCAGAGGGCAAAGGAAAGAAAAGAUCUCCUCAAAGAUGAGAGAACUAAGAAAACAAAUGAAGACAAACAACAUAAGCAACAAGAUGCUAAAAGCAAUAAGAAAGGACAAGUUAAAUCUUCUAGAAACGAACGAAAGGUUCCUGAUGAGACUGAUCACAAAGUACAAUCUGUCAAAUCAAGUGCUAGAAAUAGAGGCAUAAAUACUGAUAAAGAGGCGGUUAGUAAGGUGAUUCCUCCUGUGCAAAUUAGUUUUAUGGUCAAUGUCGGUGGUCUCAGACCUUCCAGUGCGCUGCAAACCUUAGAAGAAAAGCACAGAAUGUACCAGGAGCAAGUAAAAGCUUUUACGAUGGAUAGCAAUAACAUGUAG